AUGGAGGACGAGCAGCCCGACAGCUUGGAAGGCUGGGUGCCAGUCCGCGAGGACCUUUUCGCCGAGCCCGAGCGGCACCAGCUGCGCUUCCUUGUAGCCUGGAACGACACGGAGGGCAAGUUCGCCGUGACUUGUCAUGACCGCACGGCGCAGCGGCAGCGGCGGCGGCGGCGCGAGGAGAGCCGGCUAGGGCCGGAGCCCGAGCCCGAGCCCGAGCCCGAGCCUGAGCCCGCCGCGUCCCCGCCCAGCUGGGCCGGCCUGCUCUCGGCUGCCGGGCUCCGCGGCGCUCACCGGCAACUGGCGGCGCUGUGGCCGCCGCUGGAGCGCUGCUUCCCGCGGCUGCCGCCGGAGCUGGACGCUGACAGCAGCUGGGCCUGGGGCCUGGGGCUCGGGCUGUGGACGCUGGUGUGGCCGGCGCGCUCCGGCCCCGGCGAGGCGGCGCUGCAGGAGCUGUGCUGGCAGCUGGAGCGCUACCUGGGCCAGGCAGCCGACGGCUGCGGCGGCGCCGCGGUGCGCGACGCGCUCUUUCCGGUGGAGGGCUGCGCGGCGGACUACGAGAGCCCACGCGAGUUCCGGGAGCGGGCCCUGCGCGCGCGGAGGGACGAGGAGGGCGCACGGCUGCGCCAGGUGCUUCAAGGGCAUGAAAAAGCCCACACCAUGGUAGCACUGAUGGAAGUGUAUCAAGAGGAAGAUGAAGCAUACCAGGAAUUCGUUACCGUGGCAACCAUGUUCUUCCAGUAUUUACUGCAGCCAUUCAGGGAUAUGCGAGAACUUGCAACUUCAUGUAAGCUUGCUAUUUUGAAGUCCUUGGAUGAGGAUGAUCUGGGUCCUAAAAGGAUAGCUGCCCUGCAGAAGGAAGCCCAGGAAUGGACCAGACGGGCUGAAGAAGCUGUCGUCUCUAUUCAACAUAUUACAGUCAAUUAUUUUGAAGAAACAGUAAAGGCAUUAGCCGGAAUGCAGAAACAAAUGGAACAGGAUGAGAAGAGAUUUGGCCAGGCUGCCUGGGCCACAGCGACUCCCAGGUUAGAAAAACUCAAGCUGAUGUUAGCCCGGGAGACUCUGCAACUCAUGAGGGCCAAAGAAUUGUGUUUAAAUCACAGAAGAGCUGAAAUUCAGGGAAAGAUGGAAGAUCUUCCAGAACAAGAAAAAAGAAUAAAUGUUGUAGAUGGAUUAGAAAUACAAUACUAUGAAGUGCAAUUAGAACUAUAUGAGGUUAAAUUCGAGAUAUUAAAAUAUGAAGAAAUACUGCUUGUUACACAGUUGGACUCUAUUAAAAGACUUAUAAAAGAUAAACAGGAUGAGGUUGUCUAUUACGAUCCGUGUGAAAGUCCAGAGGAACUUAAAGCUGUUGAUCAUGUCCUGGGGCUGCAGGAUGAUAAGAGUUUGGAGGUGAAGGAACUCAGCCGGCGGUGCCAGCAGCUGGAGUCUAAGCGGGGCAGGAUCUGUGCCAGAAGAGCCUAUCUCAGGAACAGAAAGGAUCGAUGCAAAGAGAAUCAUCGACUCAGAUUGCUACAGGCUGAAGAAAGUAUAAAAAAUUUUCAUCAGCAUCAUAGUGUUCAGAGGAAAAGAGACAAGAAAAAAGAGGAGGAGCAAAAGAAAAAAGAAUGGAUAAACCAAGAACGCCAAAAAACACUCCAACGAUUGAGAGCAUUUAAAGAGAGAUGUCCAGGUCAGUCUGUAUUAAAGACCUCUCGCUUACAACCUGUAGCUCCAAAGCUGCCAGGUGGACUUCCCCAGCAGACAUCCUCGCCGACGUCUCAGACGACAGCAGCAGUCAUUCAUCCGUCCUCCAGGAAAACCGGAAAUGCUCCCUUAUCUGAAGUUAGUAAUGGGACAACGCCUGAGCGUGAAGACUGUGCUAGAAACAUCCCUGUCCAGACUUUUGUUCCAACUGGUGACCAAACACACCCCAGAUCCAGUGAGCAGUUGUCACUGUCACCACCACCACCUCCUCCUCCACCUCCUCCUCCACCACCACCGCCACCGCCACCGCCACCACCGCCACCCCUCCCUGCUCAGCCCUUUUCUUCUCAAUCUGCACGUCAUUGGAAUUUACACUUCAGGACUUCAGAUCAGCCACUUCCUCUAGUGUGUGGAUCGCCUCCUGAGAGCCCGCCUGGUUCCUCAGACAGUUUUACCUGCCCAGGAUCCAUGGAUGAAGUGCUGGCCUCCUUACGGCAGAGCAGAACCCCUCCCCGGAGGGCGCAAGCACCUGCCCUGUCCCCGCCCCGCGCCCCAGUCAACGAGCACAUUCUGGCUGCCAUAAGGCAGGGGGUCAAACUGAAGAAAGUGCACCCUGACGUUGGCCGGAGCUCCAGCAACAAAGCAACCAGCGACCUGGAGAAGAGCAUCAAGGCGGCGCUCCAGAGAAUCAAGAGAGUGUCUGCUGACUCGGAGGAGGAGGAAGGAGAGGACGAUGGCAACGAGCAGAACCCCGGCGAGUGGGACCACUAGUCUCUUCUCCAGGGCCCCAGGCCCUUCUGGGAAAGCCUAUGAAAGGGGUGCUGGUAGACUGGCCACCUUACACCCCAAAAGAUCAACAGGGCUCUGUGUGUGACGCUGCUGCUGUGUUUAACACUGCAGCUCUUAAAGUCAGGGAAGGAAGCAGAGAUGUGGAGACUCUCACACGCCAAACUGGAGCUGGGAUCUAAGAAGCCACAGCGAGCGCCACUGGCACAAGAAAGUGGUAUUUACUGUCCACCGUGGAUAGUCUAGAAUCGUUCCCUUAUUCUGAAAAACGUUUAUACUACUGUGGUGAACAGCACUACUGACCGUUCCUUUCAAGCGUGUGUAGUGGUUUCCUUGGAUUUAAAGCUUUGAAUGUGAAUGUUAUUUUAACAAUAAUCAGAAUAAAUUGCUUAUAAGCAGGAA